AUGGGAUACCUUUCAAGCUAUACCAAUUUUUUCUCAGUCAGUGGCGGCGCGACACGUGCUGGUCUUGGGGGCGCAAGGGCGCAAGAACACCUCGAGAAGGCUUUGGCAGAAGUCGAUGGACUUUCUGCUGCUUUCGUUUACCUCGAUGCAACCGAGAGCACAGGUGUAAGUGCAAAUCGCCCGCGGGAUGAUCUUGCACAGGAGCUCCAAGCACUAUGCGCUACAGCUUCCUUCAACGAGGCAACAGACUCACAGCUUUACGCUGUGCACAAUGACGCUCGUGCCCGCGAGAUCGCCUGGUCAUCAAUCCGAACCGUUCGCGAUGGGAUGUCAGCUCUUUGGGACCAUUUUGUCGACUUUGCAGCAAAUUUGGACAAUCCAGCCAUCAACAAUAUUCUUGCUGACUAUCAGGACGCCAAAGGACUCCGACAGACCGGUGCGAUUGCCUUUCGAAACACGGUGACUGGGUUGGUCCCAAACGACCUCUGCAAAGUAUUUGCUUUCUGCAGCUUAUCAUACGUCGUUUCUUGUCUAUUGUACUCCAGAAAUCGGAUAGCAAAAGGCGAUAUCCUUGCUGGUAUUCGUCUAUGGUUGGAUGCUUUGGAGAAGGAGGAUGAGCGGGAGGCUUUCAAGCUGCUCGCCGAGCAUCUUUGGCCCGAAGCACGAAACCAUCUUCACUUCAUGGAGUUUGGCUUGGGGGAGCAAUCUCAAAGACAAGCGACCAGUUUACGGCGUGGCGGAACUCCUUCAUCUAUACUUCCAACCUACACACAGCUCGCCUCGCCCUCUUUCACUAACCCCUACCUCGACCACCAGCCAUUAUCGAGAUGUAAUUUCCAGAGCGAUGUUCAUUACAGCGAGGAUGAUACUCCAGUCCACCCGACAUCACAUACCCAGUCCGAAGGGGUAGACCCUUCGCUCCUUACUCUGCAAGAAGCAAGAGAUAGCUUGUCAAUGUACGCUCAAUACCUCACACAGUUGACACAUGACUCGUGUGACUUUUCUCUUGGUUCAUCCGGUCCUCCAGAAUCCUUUCCGACUAUAUCGCCGACCCAUUGGCAAGAUCUUGACCCAGGCCCCUCCUAUCCUAUCAACUUUGAGAUGAGUCUAACAGAGGAUAACGAAUUCGCCGUACCCUGGGCCCCAGCGCAGUCGCCUGCUAUGUAUGACUCGCAGAGGGAACUGCUAAGCAGUCAGACUCAUAUCUUAUCUUCUUCAACCACAGCAGCCGAGUCCGAUGCGAUAAGACAACUUCAGGAUACCUCUGUGUUCAGAGCUGUAGUGCGAUUUAUCCACGAAAACGCAUGCUUCUGGCAUGACCUUGCCGGUGGCGGACUGGCAUCGAAGGACUUUCGAUCGUGUCUUGCCUGGUGUCAAGAGAGAUUGCCACAGAAGACACAGCUACAAGCAUCUUUCAUUCAACCCCUGUCAUCACAAAAGAACGAGCACGAUCUGGUAUCCCGUGGUAUAGUUGCCAUUGCGGAAGCGUUCUUCGAGCGAGGGUUGCUACAAUACCGGGAGGAUAUCGAGUUCUAUAUGGAACGGGCAGGAAAAUUGUUGUUCGACGAUCGAACGGCAUAUCGAGAGUUCCGUGAUUGGGUCCAUGGUUUCCACGCAAGCCCAUCGCCGUCUGUAUCCACGACACAGAAGUCUGCCCCCAAGUUCGUUACGCUUCACUUGAUACCCUACCUACAGGUCUUUGCUGAUCAAUUAUUAGAAUCCUCUUCUCGUGCGAUGAAUGCGACUACACUACCGAUCGAAAAUUCAAUUUGA